AUGGUCCCAACACCUAUACAGUUAGCUGCUAAGAGAUAUAAAACACCCCACUACAAUUCUAGACAUCUCACUACAAUCCCAGACAUUCCACUACAAUCCCAGACAUCCAACUACAAUCCCAGACAUCCCACUACGAUCCAAGACAUCCCACUACAAUCCCGGACAUUCCACUACAAUCCCAGACAUCCAACUACAAUACCAGACAUGUCAUUGCAAUCUCAGACAUCCCACUGCAACCCCAGACAUCCUAAUACAAUCCCAGGCAUCCCACUACAAUCUCAGACAUCCCACUACAAUCCCAGACAUUCCACUACAAUUCCAGAUAUCCCACUACAAUCCCAGACAUUCCACUACAAUCCCAGACAUCCUAAUACAAUUCCAGACAUCCCACUACAAUCCUAG